AUAUGUGUAAUUGAUUUAAAUUUUAUAACGUAGAAUAAGUUCUUAGCUUUACUUCUAGCUUCACUUGUUUUCAAAUAUGGAGUCGAUGUGGUCGGAAGUUGAAACAGUGAAGAAGGAAAAUCGCCAUGAAUUAUCCCUUAAAGGGCAACAGAUUAACUCAAGGAUUAUUAAAAAUGGAUUGGACCAAGGAAUAUAUACUUUGGUUGGUUUAAAUCACCUCGAAAUAUCAAUGACCUGUUUAAAUGAAUUAGGUGCAGAUAUAGGAAAUCUGUCAAACUUGACUAGUUUGAUACUCUGUUCUAAUAAAUUAACAACAAUUCCAGUUUCAGUAGGCAAAUUAACCAAGCUGAAAGUUUUGGAUAUGUCUAAUAACGAGAUAAUCAACAUCCCGAAUGAAAUAAAUGGUUUAAUUGGAUUAGAGGUGCUGAAUGUUAACAAAAACCAACUCGAAAUAUUUCCAUCCAUAGCAGCUCUCAAAAACCUUCACAAAUUGAAUAUUUCGUAUAAUCGAUUAAAAUGCCUUCCUGAUGGUAUAACUGAUCCUAGUUUGGUCCACUUAAGCCAUGUCUUAGCUUCUAACAACCAUAUUGAAGAAAUUCCUCCCGAAUUGAAUAACUUGUCUCAUCUAAAUGUCUUGGACUUAUCUGAAAACCAUUUAAACGACAUUACUCCAGAAUUAUGUUUAUGUGAACGCCUUAAAGAGCUGAAUCUCAAAGGAAACCGAGUAAAAGAUAGAAAACUGCUGAAAUUACUCGAACAGUCAAAUAAGAAGACGAUUUUUGAGUUUCUUUCCACUGCUCUCAACAAACAGCAAAAGUCUGAAGAAGGACGUAGCUCUUCUGGCAUUUCGAGGUCAGGAAAAGCUAGAAAAAAGAACCGUCAAUCCAAAAAAGAUACAUUAGAAAAUGAUGUUCCUAAAAGUGUUAUUCAUAUUUUACAUUUUCCCGAAGAAAACGGUGUGACAGUUCGAAUCACAUCAAAUGCUGUAGCCAUCCGACCAUAUAUUAUCUGCUGUAUAGUUAAAGAUGUUAACUUGAAGAGAGAAAAUACACUUUAUAAGAAAUUUAUUCAGUUACAGGUAAUCGAAUAUUUUAUUAUUUUUUUAAAUACAAUGUUAAAAGUUCAAAAGUAUAGUAGUAACCAAGGAGUAAAUAGAUGUAAAUUAAACUGUAAGCUACACAGGUGUGAUGUCACAAGAUUGAUACAUGUUAAAACAAAAUUGCUAAUAAAUGUUGAGCUAUUAAUCUUUUUUUAUUUUUUUUAUUUUAGGUAUUUAGAUUUUCUUCAUGAGAAACCUGAAUACCCUUGUUUACUUGAUGCAAAAGAGCAAGUAAUUUCUUUCCCACCCAUCACUAACAGUGAUGUAACAAAGAUUUCUCCCGAAACUAGUGAAAUACUUGUUGAAGUGACAAGCUCCCGAAGUUUACCAAUUUGCAAAAGUGUAAUGAAUACCUUGUUGAUGGAAAUUCUCAAUUUAGGAGUUGGAGAUCUGCUGGAAGGUGACCAUAGUUCUGGUGACAAAGAACCGAAUUACAAGCUAAUUGUUCAGCAAGUACGUGUCCUGAAUGAGGAUAGUUCUCUGUAUGCUGUCUACCCAUCUCAGGUAGACAUCCAAGAAGACAGCAUACAGGUGAUACGAGAAUAAAAGUGAGAAUCUGGUUGUUAACUUCAGCAAAUAUUUUUGUUAACUUGGAUAUUACAAUGAGUAAUAAGUUAGGUGCUUUGUGUGUGUGUGUAUAAGUAAACAUACACAUGUGUAAAAGUAAAUACACACUAACAGAAUUGAAUUAUUUUAUUCCUAUUGACAGUUUUAGUGUUCAGAUAUCCAACAAGAUGUUAUUCAGAUUUCAGCUAAACUGUAAUGUCACUUUGACUAUAGGAAAGAAACUAUCCAUUUGUAGAUCUUAAAAACAAGGAAGCCAUUCCACAAAGCUCUCUAAUUCAUACUGUUAUGUUACAAGAUGUAUGUGGUAAAUAAAUGAAAAUGUAUAUCUUGUAGACAAGAUAUACAUGUAAUUUUAUAAUUUUAUUUUUCACUUAUAUAUAUCAUUAUCUCAUUGUAGUUAUUGUCAUUACUUCCCCACAUUUAAAAAUAAUAAUCAAAAUAUGUAUCCACUAGUUAGGUUUCAAAUAGAAUUGGAAACAUGACAUAUUUUGCUUCAAUAAAAACAAUAGCUUUCACAUUCUGGCAAUUAACAGAUAUCAUUUGGAAAUUUUCUGAAUUAAGUGUACUAUUUCCCACAUAUGCCAUAUAUCAUCAAGCAUUCGAAUUUGGUUGUUUUCACUUUGGUUUAUAAAAAUGCUAUCUGCUAUUUAGGUUGUCUUUGGGCCUUGGUUUAGGAAAGCUGACUAUUUUGAGCUUAUUGAAAUUGUAUCAUCAUCUGACUGGUGUCUCAUUGCAUGUUGUUUGAAGCAUUUCUUCUAUUUUGUAUUUAUAUAAUUUUCAAGUAUAAGAUAAUACCUUAAAGAUAAUACUAUCUUCUCACUGAAGUUGUAUUGUCAUCCAUCUUAAAAUUUAUCUGAAUUAAAUUUAUAUUGGUCAACAUAUACAUUUUCUUUUCUAAUGAUAGAAUGGAGAAUCCCUAUUAUAUAUUCAAGAAGAUACAUUUGUUUAAAUCUCUAAUAUACCAUUAUAUUUGUAUCUAAAUAGAAGUAGCUGUUCUCCAAAACAUAAAAUUAAUCGUUACAGCACAAACAAGGAAAAAAUUAAAAUUAAUGCUUUUAUGCAAGAAUUAAGUUUACACUUUAAAUAUUACUCGAACUAUAACUUGGUUACAUUAAUCUAUCGUGAGCUUAUUGAAGAAUAGAAGUCCCACACAAUUCAUAGUGAUAGGAAUGCACAGACAUGGAAAAAUAGAUGUAAAAUAGUAAAUAUGUGAAUGAACUUGGAAUUGUACUGUUUGUUUACUUUACUAAGUUUUAUUCUUAUUUUAAAUAUUAGUUUGUCUUUUUACAACAAUUCCUUAUGAUGUUGUAGUCUUAUUCAUCAGAAGUAUUACAACAUUGUCAAGCUUUUAAGAUUAACUCGUGGUAUUUUACUAAUUAUAAAGAAGAUUAAGAUAGUACUUGUUAAAAUAUGACUAUAGGUACUGUCAUUGACAAGAAAAUUGUUUGGAUUUAUGUUUAUCAUAUUCCUGAUUAGAACAUUUAUUAAUUCCAUUCCUAAUUCCAGUUCAUGAUUUUGAGAAUAAAAACUUUUUUUAAGUAAAAUUAUGAAAAUAUUGCAUAUAAAAGGUAAACUAUUUGCUUGAAAGUUCUUGAAAUCUGAUUAUUUAAUCUUACUGUAUUUCUGAACAUUUACUCAAGUUGUCAAUCAUCUCUAAUCUUCAGUACAGCAAAUGUAUUAUGAUGUAAUUUCAUAAAUAUUAAAGUUUACAUGAUA